AUGCAGCCUGUUGAGGAAGCAACUACUGCUCAGAAUCAAAAGCGUUCAAAAUGUGGUUGCACCAGAAUUUCAUGGCCAAUGUACGCGAAGACGGCCGCAUUAGUCUAUUCCUGGAUCUCGUUGGGUUUGUAUAGCGAAAUUUUAGGUCCCACUUUGCCCACAUUGAUGCAUCAAACCAAUUCAAACUACGAACAAGUCGGACUGGCUUUGUCCAUCCGGUCAGUGGGCCUCUUAAGCGGUUCAGUAAUCGGUGGAAUGGCAUCGGAUCAGUGGAAACUGCAACGUGGUUUUAUGGUUGCUCUCGCUUUGAUUGUGGCCGCAUUGACCAAUGCAAUUAUUCCGUGGAUUCGCACGCUUGGUGGGCUGGCUACCGUUUUGUUUGUGGCCGGGUGCUCGCAUGGGUUUCACACAACCAGUACGUGGUCUGUUCCCCGUUUCUUCCUGUUAUUUGUGGAAAAAUGGAUUUCAGUUCCUUGUUUUUAUUUUGGUUAG